AUGUGCUGCUCAGCAGUUUUGUUUGAAGAUGAGCUAACGGGGCUGCGGCUGGCAGAGUGGGAGUUGUGGGGUGGAGACGAUCCCACGCCGUCUCCGCAUGCGGGGCUGAGUGAGGCGCUGCAUGCAGCAGACACAGACAAGCCUGCUGCAGCAGCAGCAGCAGCUGCAGCAGCAGCUGCAGCAGCAGCUGCAGCAACACCAACAGCAACAGCAGCAGAAACAGCAGCAGCGGCAACAGCACCAGCAGCAGCAGAAGAAGAGGCAAUGCAGCAGCAGCAGCUAGCAGCAGCAGCAGCAGCAGCAGCAGCAGCAGCAGAUACAAGUAACACCCCACCAGCUAGGAGGAGGCUAGCUGAGGCUGGGCCCCUACCAACGGCAGCUCCACUGCAGCAGCAGCAGCAGCAGCUGCAGCAGCCGCAUCAGCUGCAGCAACUGGAUCAGCUGCAGCAGCUGCAGCAAUUCUACCAGCUGCAGCAGCUUCAGCAGCUGCAGCAACCGCAGCAGCUGCAGCAGCAGUUGCAGCAACUGCGCCAACAACUGCAGCAGCAGCAGCAGCAGCAGCAGCAGCAGCAGCAGCAGCUGCCCAUGGGGUUGCUCUCUGUGCUGCAGCAGUCUCCUCUGCUGCAUGCAGCAGCAAACACCGAAAACACCACCCGUCUCCUUGGGGCCCCCCCACCUCUUGUUUCUCUGUGA